CCUCCCGGGGAGCAAGCAGUGCGAGCGGUUGGUCCCGGGACAGCAGCAGCUGCUGCAGCGGGAGGAGCCGGAGCGGCUCGCUGCUGCAGCGGGAGCCGCCCCGGCUCGGAGCUCUUGCCUGUCCGAGUUGCGGAGAUAACACCUGGCGCCCCUCAAGCAGGGGUGGCUUCGGUAGGACUUCGGCGGCCAGAACGACGCGCCGCCGCGGCUGCCCACACGACUCCUCUCCGCGCCCGGCAUGACUUGCAAGGGUUCAUCGAGCUGGGCACUUUGGGUGGCCCCGUUGGCUACGCUGCUGUCUCUGCAAGGUCUAGUGAGCCCCUUGGAGGUUUUCAUGAAUACCAGGAGUGUUGAAGUUGCUCGGGGUCAGACGGCGAUCCUGCCCUGUACUUUCACCACUAGUGCUGCACUCACUAACCUUAAUGUCAUCUGGAUGGUCACGCCUCUUUCCAAUGCCAACCAACCUGAACAGGUUAUUCUUUACCAGGGUGGUCAGAUUAUUGAUGGUGCAGCCCAGUUUCAUGGGCGAGUGGGGUUUGCAAAAACAAUGCCAACCACCAGUGCCUCCAUCUUCAUCAACAAUACCAAGCUCUCAGAUACGGGAACGUACCAGUGUUUGGUGAAUAAUCUACCAGACCGAGGAGGACGGAAUAUUGGAGUCAUUGGGCUCAAUGUCUUGGUUCCUCCAUCUGCCCCUGACUGCAGAAUUCAGGGUUCUUUGAAUAUUGGUAGUGACAUCACACUGAGUUGUAAUUCAGAAGAAGGCAUCCCUCGGCCAACUUACAAGUGGGAAAGGCUGGAUAAUGCUCCCAAGCUGCCUCCAACAUCCAUCCAAGAUCUAGUUCAGGGUACUCUUCUUCUGCGCAAUAUUAGCUCUUUGUCAUCAGGACGUUACCAAUGUAUGGCAUCCAAUGUCAUUGGAAGCAGCACCUGUUCUCUUGAAGUUCAAGUGAUUACACCUAAUCCUCGGAAUAUUGGUCUGAUUGCCGGAGCUGCAGCAACAGGGGCAGUUGUGCUUAUUGUCUGCAUUGUCUUGGUGGCUGUUACACUCUUUUAUUGGAAAAACAAACACAAGGAGGAAGAGGAGGAGGAGAUUCCCAAUGAGAUAAGGGAGGAUGAUUUGCCACCCAAAUGUUCUUCGUCCACAAAAGCCUUCCACGGUGAUGCUUCCUCAUCUGAAAAUGACACUCUCACCUCCUCCAAUACUUACAACAGCCGAUACUGGAAUGACCCCAAAGCCAACCAUGCUACAGACUCCUUCACUCACCUCAACAAUGAUGCACGGCAGGCCUUCUCUCGUUCUGGAAGCACCAAUGCCCGUUCUAUAUAUGCUAAUGGAGGCCACCCAGCACCUCCUCCACCGAAGACAUUGGUAGUGACAACCAAUACAGCUCCAUCUCCACAGGAGAUGGCCAGGAGUAAUGGAUCUGUGAGUCGGAAGCCACGGCCCCAACACACAUGGUCCUACGCCGUAAGCCAAGCGACGCUGGAGAGGAUAGGUGCUGUGCCUGUAAUGGUACCAGCACAGAGCCGAGCGGGUUCUUUGGUGUAAAAAAAGGGUUGUGGGUUCUGCGAAUUUGUUACAGUAAGUGGGAGUGAAGAUGGGCCCAAUAAGAGACUCUCCUCUUCCUCCCUCAGAUGGUGGGGAAGAUCUGUGUUCUUCCCUUACCCCAGUCAACUGAACCCAACUGAUGUGAUGAUCCCUCCUUUAUUACCCCACCCUCAUGAUCUCAGGGGCUCCUCAGCUAUGGCUGUAUGUGCCAAGAUCAAAAGGAGGCCAUUUCAGGCAUCAAGGGAAGGAGACCAUACUUGCUUUCUAAGCUCUGCUAUACGACAUUUCUAUUAUGGAAUUUAUGAAGUCCAGAGGUCAGUAGAGCAGCUCAGCUGCCCUGGGGUUAGCCCAUUGCUGCUUGGCUCGAAACAGAUGAUGUUGAGGAGGAACUGGUGACAUUCUGCCUGUGACUACUGAUCUCAAAGUAAAAAAGCAGAGGGGAAAAAAAUAAGCUGGGGCAAAAGAAGUGGGAGGGAGGGCAAUUGACUUGAGAGUUAUAUUUUAUUUAAUUAGUUUUCAGGAGUUCUUUAUUUCUAUCUUCCUCCCUUCUCCUGCUUCCUGUCAUUCUCCAAAUUGAAUUUUUCUCUCCCCUUGCACUAGUUUUCUGGAUGCUUCUCACAUCCCUUGCCACUUCCAUGGCAACUCUGGUCAUUUUGGCCUUGUUCCCUGAAGGGCUGCUUGGCAUCUGAUUGGCCUGCUGCUGCUGUUGUUGCUGUUGUUUGGCUGUUGUUGAAAGGAGGGAUUUGGGGAGGGCAUGGUGUGGGGUUGAAAGCUAAAGCCUCCGUUGCUUAACCGAACUGGCUGUGUAUUUUCUAGGAUGUGUGGCUGGCAUUUCUCAAAAGAGCUAGAUUUCCAAAGCUUUCGGCAUCUGCAUGGCAUGUCCCCAUAUAUGGCUGUGUGGGGCUGGCCUGCAUGGUCAGGUUGAUAAGUUUGACCAUUCACACAUUCAAAGCAUUCAUUUUAGCCCUUCCUCUACAGGAUAUCUUGGACUUAUUAUAUUAGGGAGGGAAGGAAAAAAGGAAUAGAGGGAGGAAUAAAGCAAGAAAUCUAAGAGCAGCAGAAAGAUGGAUUGUGGCUACAUUGCCCCUCCUUUCUCUUUUGUUGACGUGUGGUCUGCUCUAAAUAGUAGCCCCAUGGUGACAUUUGUCACUCUUGUAAUUUCAUUAGCCUUAAUUGACUAACAACAACGGAGAAUUCGGAAGGAAAGAAAGUCUUCCAUGUUUCACACGGAGCUUGGGAUCAGGUGGGAAGGGAAUACAUUUCUGAAUACCUCGAGGAGGCACAGCCAGGGACGCAUCUCUUGAGUCCCGCUGUCCGCACCUGCCUCAUUGAUCACUGACACACUGGUCUUAAAUAAACUUCCUUUGGGAGUUCCUAACAGGAUUUCCUUCUCUGCACUGACAAAAUAUAUCCUUCUGAUCAAAGCCUGGAAUUAGGUAGGCCUUCUUCCACUGGCUCCCUUCCAAACUGCACUGGAAAUGAGGUUCCUAGAGAAUCUCAACUGCUCUUUCACCUCCCAUUCUGCUUCAACUCUAAUUUCACUUCCCCCCACCCCCUUUCCAAAUGGGCGUUAAGGCCAUUAGGGAGAGCUCUCUGCAUAGGCCAUAUAUACCAUCUAUAAGAUGCCAUCACGAAGAGAGUCCUCUAGGUUGAAUUAGGUUUAAAGCUUAGCCGUGCCUUUUUUUGCUUGUUUUUUUUAAAAAAACACCUCUCCUUCCCACUUACUUUCCUUCUCCUCCACCCACUCCAAAAUACUGCUAAUGGACUUGCCUCCGUCAGCCUCAGAGCACACCAGGAAGACAGAUGGCUGCUGUACUUAUACAUGUUUCCUAGGGAGCAGUAUCUCUCCUCCCCUAUUCACUGCCGGUUUCUCCUUUUUUAUUAUUUGGAAGUUGCGUGAUGGCAUUGCUGGAGUGGGGAUAGCUUAGAAGAAAGAAGAAUGGCUUUUUUUUUUAAGGUAGUGCGCAACACCCCCCCCCUUUCCCCCUAAACACGGUUUCUCCCUCUCCGCUUUUCUAACAACGGGAAACACAAGAGGCAUUUUCAAGAGAUGCUGCUUACAGCAGCCUAUAACUAGUGCUCAGAAAGCUCUUCCUGGUUCUACUGUUCACUCUCCUCUUUCUUUCUUCUUUCUAAUUGUCUAAAAAACAAU